GAUGUUGCUAUAACGCAGUUGUAACAAAUCAAGAAGAAACAUAAUGGCAACCGGAGGUCAACCACAGACGCCAAACAACCGGAUAUUUUUGUUCCGGUUACAAAUUCUAGUCAUUGAUGGUGGCCUCUUGGUAUUGAGAAAUAUACUGGACCAGUCCCUGACAUCUCAAGGAAUAACGUUCAAUGCAUGCUUGAAUCAAGAAAAGUCAACAAUAACACAUUUGAAAAGCCACAGCAUUAUAACCCAGGUCCAGUAUGAUGUAUUGUUUCCAGCGGGUGGUCAAGUCCCAACAUCGUCAGAUUUGGACAUCACGCUUAUCAUUUGUCUUCUCAGAAACCUGCAAUGUUUCGGAUUAAAUAAAAACUUUGACUGGCGGACAACACCAGCACCAACUGAUGUAACAAUAGAUGCAGACAUAUGGCGAUUAAAGGAUUUCCGAAAUAAAAUUAGUCAUAUAUCAAAAACGACUGCAAUACAACAAAAUGAUUUUACAGCUUGGUGGAAUGAUAUUGAACAGAUACUUGUUCGUCUUAGUUCUCCAGCUGUGAAUAUUCAGCAAACAAUUGCCACAUUCAAAACUAUCCCUCUUGAUCUGGAAGAAGAGAGAAGGAUACAGGAAGAAAUUAAAAAGUGGAAGGACUAUGAAGCCGAUGUUGACCGACUGAAACAGGAAAUGACAGACAUGAAAGAAGAUGUAACUGACGUGAAGAAAGACGUUGAAGAUGUAAAAGAAAAUGUAACUUACGUGAAGAAAGACGUUGAAGAUGUAAAAGAAAAUGUAACUGACGUGAAGAAAGACCUUGAAGACGUAAAAGCAAAUGAUUCUGCGGUGAAGAAAGACCUUGAAGAAGUAAAGGAAAAAGUAACUGAUAUGAAGAAAGACCUUGAAGACGUAAAAGAAAAUGAUACUGCGGUAAAGAGUGACCUUGAAGAAAUAAAUGAAAAUGUAGCUGACGUGAAAAAAGAACUUGAUGACAUAAAAGAAAAUGAUACUGCAGUGAAGCGAGACCUUGAAGACAUAAAGGAAAUUGUAACUAAUGUAAAGAAAGACCUUGAUGACGUUGAAGAAAAUGUAACUGAAGUGAAGAAAGACCUUAAAGACGUAAAACAAAAUAAUUCUGCAGUGAAGAGAGACCUUGAAGUCAUAAAGGACAAUGUAGCUGAUGUGAAGAAAGACCUUGAUGGCGUAAAAGAAAAUGAUACUGCAGUGAAGAAAGACCUUAAAGACAUAAAGGAAAAUGUAACUGAAGUGAAGAAAGACAUUAAAGAUGGAAAAGAAAAUGAUGCUGCAGUGAAGAGAGACGUUGACAACUUAAAGGAAAAUGUAACUGAAGUGAAGAAAGACCUUGAUGAGAUCAAAAGACGGCAAGGGGCAGCAGUGACAAGUAAUGAAACUGAUUCACAAGUACAAACAGAGGAGAGAAAAUAUCAAAAUCACAAGAAGGGUAAGUUAAUUUUGCACAACCAUCAUAUUAAGUAA